AUGGUCUGUGACGUCAAAUGGCGGCCGUCGCUUCAGCAAGCCGCAUCUCGAGAUUCGUAUCUCUUUGGUGGGCCUACCCAGAUGGUCAGUCAACUGCUUUUCGAUGGCAUGUAUGACCUCUUGUCCUUCGACCACGAUGCCAAACAUUACGUGCUCGCCGUUCAGGCUCGGCGUGGACCUGGUCGUUAUGAAAAACUGACAUCCGUUCGUGUCUGGACCUGCGCAGCAGAUAGAAAAAAAUGUCACUUGACUACAGUUUGUGUUGAGCGUCAAUUGAUUACCAUGUUCCUUGGGGAUAAUUAUUUAAGUCAUAAAUCUUUUCGUGGAAUGAGGUGCAAGGGACAAGGGAAGGUGGACUGA